AAGACAGGGGUUAAAAUGAAUGAAGAUCUGAAGGUUAAUUUAAGCUGGCUGCCUCAAGAUCACUUAGAAGCCAGCUCUCCAGAGAAUGUCUCAACUGCAGUCUCCUCCCUGAUUCCUGUCGUAGACCCAGAACCAGAGCUCAUAGUAAACCCCUGGGACAUUGUUUUGUGUACUUCAGGAACCCUUAUCUCCUGUGAAAAUGCCAUUGUGGUCCUUAUCAUUUUCCAAAAUCCUAAUCUUCGUGCCCCCAUGUUCCUGCUGAUAGGCAGCCUGGCACUUGCAGACCUCUUAGCAGGAAUUGGAUUGAUCAUCAAUUUUAUUUUUGCCUAUCUUCUACAAUCAGAAGCUACAAAACUGGUCACUAUUGGACUGAUUGUUGCCUCUUUCUCUGCAUCUGUCUGCAGCUUGCUGGCUAUUACUGUUGAUCGUUACCUCUCAUUGUAUUAUGCUUUGACUUAUAAUUCAGAAAGGACUGUCACUUUUACUUAUAUCAUGCUUAUUUUGCUCUGGGGAGCAUCUAUCUGUAUUGGACUGCUGCCUAUAAUGGGCUGGAACUGCCUCAAAGAUGAAUCCACCUGCAGUGUUAUCAGACCGCUCACUAAAAAUAAUGCAGCUAUUCUUUCAGUCUCUUUCUUGCUCAUGUUUGCUCUCAUGCUGCAGCUCUACAUUCAAAUUUGUAAAAUCGUGAUGCGCCAUGCCCAUCAGAUUGCCUUGCAACACCAUUUCCUGGCCACAUCCCAUUAUGUGACCACCCGAAAAGGAGUGUCUACUUUGGCCAUUAUUUUGGGGACCUUUGCUGCUUGUUGGAUGCCUUUUACGCUCUAUUCUUUAAUAGCAGAUUACACGUAUCCUUCAAUAUAUACCUAUGCCACUCUCCUGCCUGCCACCUACAAUUCCAUCAUCAAUCCUGUAAUAUAUGCUUUUAGAAACCAGGAAAUACAAAAAGCAUUUUGGCUCAUCUGCUGUGGCUGUAUCCCUUCUAGCCUGUCUCAAAGAGCAAGAUCACCUAGUGAUGUUUGA